AUGGACACCCAGAAUGAUACCCAACCCCCAAAGCAGCAGCCAAUGAUAUAUCUCUCUGUGGAGAAUGUCAUGCAGAAAAGUGAAAUAAAAUCCAGGGAUCCAAUCAGAUGCAGAGAAUGUAGAUACAGAAUAAUGUACAAGAAAAGGACUAAAAGACUCGUGCUUUCUGAUGCUUGA